AAAGAGACAGGAAUAUAACUUAGUGCAGACAAGAAGACAGGUUUAUACAAGUCCAAGCCAUAAACCUCUAGGGCCCAUUAGUGGGUGUGUGUGCUCCUGGGCUCUGUAUUCCCCCGCCCCGGUGGCCCAAGAAUUAAGGUUGCCUGUGCAAUCUUAAUUCAGUCCCCUUGUGUACAUGCAUUAUGAUACAAUCUUUAAUUACAUAAUCACUAUUAUUUCCACAGGUUUCAGAGUAGCAGCCGUGUUAGUCUGUAUCCGCGCAAAGAAAAGGAGGACUUGUGGCACCUUAGAGACUAACAAAUUUAUUUGAGCAUGAGCUGUAGCUCACGAAAGCUUAUACUCAAAUAAAUUUGUUAGUCUCUAAGGUGCCAGAAGUACUCCUUUUCUAUUAUUUCCACAGGAUCCCUACCUCAUUUAGUGCAGAGGAUGAAUGGUGCUCACUGAAUAGGCAGUUAUUCAAUACUUUGUUUUCUCCUCAUUGAACAAUGUGUGGUUCUAAGACUUAUUUACUACACACUAUUCAAACCCUGUUCUGAAGAUAAAAUUAUUCAUUUCCGCAUAGACUUUUCUGCAGCACUCAUCACUACAGCAUACAAGUGCUUCACAAAUGUUAAUUUAUCUUCACAACACCCUCAGAGGCAAUAUGAUAUUAUCCUCAUUGUACAGAAGGGAAACUGAGGGGCAGAGAUUAAUGGCAAAAAGUUCCCUCUAAUUUUAGGUGCUCAAUUUGAGAUGCAUGGAACUUUUUUCAGAGUAAUUAGCAUUAUAUAGCACUUUAUGUAUUCAAGUGCAGCUCCCACCGACUUCAGCUGCAGCUGUGAGUGCUCAACACCUCUGUAAAUCAGACCUCAGAAAGUGAGGAAUACACAAUUAGUGACCAUCUGUGAAAAGUUUGGUUUAAGUGAUUUCCCCAGUAUCACACAGGAAUUCUAUGGUAGAGACAGGAAUGAAUCCAAUUGUCCAGGGCAGCAUUCAACUGUAUUAAUUAUGAGACCAUCCUUUCUCUUCCUGCAAUCCCCAACUUUAUUCACCUUCCAACUUCUGCACCAAACGAGACAGGGGUCCUAAGGACAACAGCCACCUUCACUAUGCAACCCUGAUUUGUUCUCAGGGUCCCAUACAAAAUGUUCAGAGGAGCUGUGAGAGGAUGGAAUCUUUGGAGAUUUUAGCUGUUAAGCUCUGCAGGGCUCUACUGAACAUAUUAAAACUGGUUUUUCGAAGGCUUAUAAACUUGGCCAAAUUUGGGCAGAUUUUCCCAGGAACAGCAAAAGGCAUCUCUCUGCCUCUGGACACAAAUUUCAACCCCUGCUCCAAAGCAUAGGGCCACUAGAGCUGUUCAAGGAAAAUGUCUCAAGGAUUGAAAAAAAAAAAAAAAAAAAAAACCAAAACAAACCAACAAAUCACUCUCAGAAACGGCUGAACCAUUUUGGUGGAAACUGUCCCCCAAAAAAUUCAGCCUUAGGAAGACACCCAAUGGGAAAUUUCAGACAAAGUUAUAACCAACUGAAAACAAAAUCUUAUAUUGGGAAGUGCCAGGCAACCCUAAUAAUUGCUAUCACAAUUUGCUUCACCUAUAAUUAUUGGGCUGACAAGUUUACAAAUUCGUGGUAGCCAGAAGAAUAAACAUCCUUGCCAGAGUCCAACACAGAAAAUGAGGAACCACCAGCAAGGUCCAGGGGCAAACAACUACUUGAAAUAGGGCUCCACUAUGAAUGCAUUUCCUGAGGCUCAGCAACACAUUUGAUCAUACUGACACCGAUAAGAGUCACAGCUACUUGCUUCUCUUGGAAGACACUCAGUUCUAUUGGUCAGGAAGUGGGCAAGGAACAUCCGUAUGCAUGAUUACAUUACCCUAAUGCUGCUGCUUACUAGUGUCUCAUCUUCUCUCUACUUAGGAGUCAAAUUACUUCCAGUGUCAUAUUGGCCUGAGUUGAGAAUGACUUAGCUGUUGACCUGGCCCUAUCUAUAGGCUAUCAUAAUAAUAAUAAUAAUAUAAAAUUGUCAAUACCUUACAACCUAAUACAACCCAAUUUCUCCAACAGUCUAUGCAUGAGCUUUAACUAUAUGGGGAGAUUGAAGAAUCUGUUGUUCCAUUAUUAAGAUUAUUCAGGAUAAAAGAAGUGGGGCGCCAGCUUCUAAAAUGAGCGCUAACUUUCUUAUUUUGAUUAAAACUUAUAAAUAAAUGUUGUAAUUAAGAUCUAAAUGCUCAGAAAAUUCAUUCUGUAUUCCAGUUGUAAAUCUCAUAAUUUUGGGGGAAGUUAUACGUGUCCUUCAUACAUAAGAGGCUGAAUUCUUGGUGCAAGUGCAAAACACAACACAACCACAGUUACAAAGCUGUGACCAGUGACUCUACAAUAUAUUCAGUAUCUUACUGUUGUAUUCUGCACCUCUCACAGGGAAACUAUGCUCCCCUUUAUGACGACUGCUAUUUCUGUCCUUUGUUGUUCUUCCUUCCCCAUUCUUCUUUCUCUACUUCUCUCCCUCAUCUUUGGGCUUGUGUACACUGAGAUUGGAAUUGAAAUAAUUAAAUCUGUUGCAAUUCAUACUUUUUGGUUAUUUUGGUAUAAGUCUGCGCAGAAACUCAUUCCAAAAUAAGACUGCCCAAUGAAAUAACUGAUAACUAUUUCAAUUCCACUUUCCACAUAGAAAAGCCCAAAGUCUCUUUCUUCCCUACAGCAUCUUACAAUUCCUACACCCCACUCUAUCCACUAAAAUGAUCAGCAGUAAAAAUGAAUCAUCAUCAUCAGGCUUGAAGGGAUAUGAGACAUUUAUUGUCUUUCUGAAAUGACUGACAGCCUGAAACACUCUCCAUUUAUAUUCAGUGCAUACACGGAAAGGUUUUUUUCCCUAAGUCACAAUGGCUAGAAGCUUGCUCCCUUUCGGCAAGCAAAGUUUAGUUUCUGCAGAAUCUGAACAUAUCAUACCAGCUCCAAAAUUACAUCAAGAAGGUUGAUCAUUUGACACCUCUGUCUUAGGCAAAGGAGUAAUCUGUUCCCAAAAUCACCUCUACCAAAACCAGAGAAAAUACUGAAAGCAGCAGCAGGGGAAGCUUCUCUAGAUGGUGCCAAGGAAGAAGUGGAAAAUGCCAGAUAAAGGCCUGGUCUAGAAAAUUAGGUUGGUUUAACUACAUCAGUCAGGAGUGUGAAAAAUCCAUACACCCUGUGUGGCACAGUUAAGCCAACCUAAGUCCCCAUGUGGAGAUAGUGCUAGGUUGAUAGAAGAAUUCUUCUCUGCCUCUUGGGGAAAUUAAUUACUUACACUGACUGGAGAACCUCUCCCAAUGGCAUAAGUAGUGUCUACACUAAAGCUCUACAGUGGCGCAGCUGUUCUGCUGUAGCGUUUUAAGUGUAGACAUACCAUAAAAGAAUGCACAGACCAAUUCGAUAUUGAGGCAUUUCAACUCAUGGCUGAUGCCAGUGUCAGAAAUAGAGAGAUUUUUGGGGAUGCCAACACCAUGAUCUGGCCUACUGAGGCCCAGACAUCUGGCCACCCAACACUGUGGGAACAGUCCAGAUAGAUACAUAUGGCAUUAAGUUUUCAGCACAUCAGAUAAUAGGAACACUAGAACCCUGGUAUCAUAAGAUCUGGAGGCCAUCAACAUUAAGACAUCCAAGUGGAGGACAUUAGAUGUUGUCCAUCUCAACACCUGGAGCCCUGGAAUCAGGACAAACCCAUGGUGACAGUGGUGCGAAGAGUCAGGAGCCUCAUGGCUCACCUUAUUUUUCCUUGAUACUGAGGGAGAAGACUGACACUGAGGCUGUCUCUCAGCCCUGGUCUACACUACGAGUUUAGGUCGAAUUUAGCACCGUUAGAUUGAUUUAACCCUGCACUCGUCCACACAACAAAGCCAUUUUUGUCGACUUAAUGGGCUCUUAAAAUCGAUUUCUGUACUCCUGCCCGAUGAGGGAAUUAGCGCUGAAAUCAACAUCGCCGGGUCGAAUUUGGGUUAAUGUGGAUGCAAUUCGAUGGUAUUAGCCUCCAGGAGCUAUCUCGCAGUGCUCCAUUGUGACCACUCUGGACAGCACUCUCAACUCGGAUGCACUGGCCAGACAGACAGGAAAAGCCCCACAAACUUUUGAAUUUCAUUUCCUGUUUGGCCAGCGUGGCAAGCUGAUCAGCACAGGUGACCGUGCAGAUCUCAUCAGCAGAGGUGACCAUGGAGUCCCAGAACUGCAAAAGAGCUCCAGCAUGGACCAAACGGGAGGUACUGGAACUGAUCGCUGUAUGGGGAGACGAAUCCGUGCUAUCAGAAUUCUGUUCCAAAAGACGAAAUGCCAAAAUAUUUGAAAAAAUCUCCAAGGUCAUGAAGGACAGAGGCUAUAACAGGGUCCCGCAGCAGUACCGGGUGAAACUUAAGGAGCUCAGGCAAGCCUACCAAAAAACCCAAGAGGCAAACGCCCGCUCGGGGUCAGAGCCCCAGACAUGCCACUUCUACGAUGAGCUGCAUACAAUUCUAGGGAGUGCCCCUACAACUACCGUACACCUGUAUGUGGACUCCUGCAAGGGAGUCUCACGCAACAGGGAUGAGGAUUUUGGGGACGAGGAAGAUGAUGAGAAGGGGGAGGUUGAAGAUAGCGCACACCAGGCAAAUGGAGAAACCGUUCUCCCCGACAGCCAGGAACUGUUUAUCACCCUGGAGAUAGUACCCUCCCAACCUGAGCUCCCAGACCUUGAAGGUGGAGAAGGCACCUCUGCUGCAAAUGUUUCAACGCUACACUAUCAUCUCCUUCCCAGAGGCUAGCAAAGAUUAGAAGGAGAAAAAAACCGCACUCGCGAUGAAAUGUUCUCUGAGCUCAUGCAGUCCUCCCACACUGAAAGAGCCCAGCAGAAUGCAUGGAUCAGACAAUGUUAGAGUCCAGGAAAGCACAAUAUGAAUGCGAAGACAGGUGGCAGCUUGAAGAUAAUAAGUGGCAGGUUGAAGAUGAUAGGUGGCGUCAGCUUGCUGACAGAAGGCAGGAGUCAAUGCUGAAGCUACUGGACAAUCAAACUGACAUGCUCCAGCGUAUGGUUGAGGUGCAGGAAAGGCCGCUACAGCCCCUGUGUAACCAACCGCCUUCCUCCCCAGGUGCCAUAGCCUCUUCACCCAGUCGGCCAAGAACGCAGUGGGGGAGCCUCCAAGCACCCAACCACUCCACCCCAGAGGCCUGCCCAAGCAACAGAAAGCUGGCAUUCAAUAAGUUUUAAAGUGCAGUGUGGCCUUGUCCUUCCCUCCUCCAUGACUCCUUGCCAGUUAUCCCCCUAUUUGUGUGAUGAAUUAAUAAAGAAUGCAUGAAUCUGAAGCAACAAUGACUUUAUUGCCUCUGCAAGCGGUGAUCGAAGGGGGGAGGGGAGGGUGCUUAGCUUACAGGGAAGUAAAGUGAAUCAAGGGGCAGGGGUUUUCAUCAAGGAGAAACAAACAGAACUUUCACACUGUAGCCUGGCCAGUCGUGAAACUGGUUUUCAAAGCUUCUCUGAUGCGCACCGCAUCCACCCGUACUCUUCUAACCAUGCUGGUGUCUGGCUGCGCGUAAUCAGCGGCCAGGCGAUUUGCCUCAACCUCCCACCCCACCAUAAAUGUCUCCCCCUUACUCUCACAGAUACUGUGGAGCGCACAGCAAGCAGUAAUAACAAUGGGAAUAUUGGUUUCGCUGAGGUCCAACUGAGUCAGUAAACUCUGCCAGCGCGCUUUUAAACAUCUAAAUGCACAUUCUACCACCAUUCUGCACUUGCUCAGCCUAUAGUUGAACAGCUCCUGACUACUGUCCAGGCUGCCUGUGUAUGGCUUCAUGAGCCAUGGCAUUAAGGGUAGGCUGGGUCCCCAAGGAUUUUAACUAUAGGCAUUUCAACAUCCCCAACGGUUAUUUUCUG